CCUGUGGACUGAGCCGCGCGCUGAUGUUGGGUCUGAUUUGGCGUGAGCUGUUGGGAUUGCACCACAGGGUUUCCUGCUUUUCGGCGUGUCCGGACUGUGGACGUUAAGCGGCUGAACUGCCACGUCCCUUGGUGAUACAUUAAUAGGGCUGCUGUUGGCAGAUCAACACACAGAUCAGAUGGUGGACAUAAGAGCGCGGUGUGAUCCAGGCUGGAGUUCAGAGGGAAGCCAUGCGGUGGAAGGUGAAGGGGAGGAGUCCUUUGGAGUUGGUUCACUGGGAGGUUGACAUGAUUGGGGUUUGAAAAGGAGUCAGGACAGAACCUGGACCAGUCGACCGCGACAGCCAUGCCUUCCAACAAAUACUCUGCUGCCAUCAUGGAGGAGAGCAACAACAUGACGGCCACUGCGCCAGUGAACGGAGACACACCUCCAGCCGAGGGCCUAUCAGAGAACGACAGUGGAGUGGAGCUGACCAAUGAGAACAGCCCUCUGACUGCGGCUGAACCGCCUUCCCCCUUCAGCCCCAAGCAGAACGGAGAUGCUGCCUCACCUCAAGAUGAUAACCAGUGCUCGAGGGGGAGCAGGAAGAGAACCAGGAAGAAGUCAGAGGAAGAGGAAAGUUCCUGGGACUCCUACGGCGAGGUCAAGUCUACAGGCGUGUCUCAGUUGGGUUUGAGACAGACACCUCAGCCCAGAACCAUCUUCCAAGCUGGUCUGACGCCGCACACACACAGCAAACCUCGCAGGCAAAACCGCAAACAGGACAGCACAUUGCUGUGUGGCGGUGGUCCUCGAGGGGCCAUGGGCGUGUCCGGCAGGGUCCCUGAGGCACCCCGUCUGGAGCUGAUGGAGCAAGACUCCAAGGACUCAGCCCAGAGCAGCAGCACCUCAUCCAGCUCUGAAAUCCUGCCGGAGUACAAUGACAACAAGGGUUUUGGGAUCGGAGAGCUGGUGUGGGGGAAGAUCAAGGGCUUCUCCUGGUGGCCCGGCAUCGUGGUGACGUGGCACGCCACUGGCAAACGGCAGGCCAGCCACGGCAUGAGGUGGCUGCAGUGGUUUGGAGACGGCAAGUUCUCUGAGGUUUCAGCAGACAAACUGGACUCCAUCACUGCCUUCCCCAAGUUCUUCAGCCAGGCGUCCUACACCAAGCUGGCCUCCUACCGCAGAGCCAUCUUCCAAGCACUGGAGAUGGCCAGUAUCCGGGCGGAGAAGACGUUUUCACCCUGCGAGUCGGACAACCCCGAAGACCAGAUCAAACCCAUGCUGGACUGGGCCAAUGGCGGCUUCCUGCCCAAAGGGGAGGAGGGACUCAAGCCGACACACACCACCAGCCACCAGGUCCUCGAUGUGUCCCUGCCAGACUAUUUCCCCAGCGCAAAGCGGCCCAGAGUCAAUAUGUGUAAGAGCAAAGCCACCCCCGAGGAGUCCUACAGCAGAGAGCAAAUGGUGAAUGAAGUCCUGAAGAAUAAAGGAAGUAUAGAAGAGUUCUGUCUCUCUUGUGGAAAGAUGAGAGCAGCAACCUUCCACCCGCUGUUUGAAGGAGGCCUGUGCCAAACAUGCAAGGACGUGUACCUGGAGAUGUCUUACAUGUACGAUGAUGACGGUUACCAGUCGUACUGCACUGUUUGCUGUGGAGGUCGAGAGGUUCUGCUCUGCGGCAACGCCAACUGCUGCAGGUGUUUCUGUGUGGACUGCCUGGACAUCUUGGUUAACCCCGGGGCGUCUAACAACGCUCGAUUUAUGGACCCGUGGCGAUGUUACAUGUGCCAGCCGCUGCUGCAGUAUGGCGUCCUGAAACGACGGCAUGACUGGAGCCUCAAGCUGCAGGAGUUCUUUGCCAACGACAAUGGACAAGAGUUCGAGAAACCAAAGAUUUACCCAGCAGUCCUUGCAGAGCAGAGACGACCAAUCAGAGUCCUCUCCCUGUUUGACGGCAUUGCCACUGGCUACCUGGUUCUAAGGGACCUGGGUUUUAAGGUGGACCAGUAUGUGGCGUCAGAGGUGUGUGAAGACUCCAUCUCAGUGGGCGUUGUGAGACAUGAAGGAAAGAUCCAGUACGUCCAUGAUGUCAGAGACAUCACAAAGAAAAAUCUUCAGGAAUGGGGCCCGUUUGACCUGGUGAUUGGAGGAAGUCCAUGCAACGACCUGUCGAUCGUCAACCCUGCCAGGAAAGGCCUCUAUGAAGGCACAGGGAGGUUGUUCUUCGAGUUUUACCGCCUGCUGAGCGAGGCCAAGCCCAAAGAAGGAGAGGACCGGCCGUUCUUCUGGAUGUUCGAGAACGUGGUUGCCAUGGGCGUCAAUGACAAGAGGGACAUCUCACGAUUCCUGGAGUGUAACCCUGUGAUGAUUGACGCCAUCGAGGUCUCUGCUGCUCACCGUGCGCGAUACUUCUGGGGAAACCUGCCAGGCAUGAACAGGCCUCUGUGUGCCUCUGGGAUGGACAAGCUGGAGCUGCAGGACUGUCUGGAGCACGGCAGAGUUGCAAAGUUUGGGAAGGUGCGUACCAUCACUACCCGCUCCAACUCCAUCAAACAAGGGAAGGAUCAGCAUUUCCCCGUUUUGAUGAAUGGGAAGGAGGACAUCCUGUGGUGCACUGAGCUGGAAAGGAUCUUCGGCUUCCCUGUCCACUACACAGACGUGUCUAACAUGGGUCGCGGUGCCAGACAGAAACUCCUGGGCCGGUCCUGGAGCGUCCCCGUCAUCAGGCAUCUGUUCGCACCACUGAAAGACUACUUCGCCUGUGAAUAGACACCACCUGGAUACAAAAACACCAGCUUUUCUAUGGUGAUAACAGCUCUAAUAAAAAGAGCUGCAACUUAUUUUCUGUCAGGCCAGUUUCACUAAAAGUCAGUGGAGUUGGGAAAUAGUGAAAGUAGCUGUUAGUUUGAUCGUGGUGAUAAUGCACUGCAGCCUUAACAGACACUAACACAGAGAUACACAAACACACCACGGCUGUGGUUUAUCACCACCCCACAGUGUCGGAGAGAGAGGGAGGGUCAAAGGUCAGGUGGCAGAUGAAAGUGCAGCCUGUCAGUAUCACUGAUCAUCCAUGACGGAGGCCAGCAGAACAUUUGUCCUUUCAGUUUGCUCAAAAGGGGCAAAGGACGACUCUUCUGCUUUGUUUAUUAACGUAAGUCCUGUGUGGUGAUUUUAAUAGGAUUAUUUUCUUUCACAAAGCCCUCUGAAGGCACUGUUUUUAAACUGACAACACUUAGAGGUUGUAGAAAACACAGAACAAAGUGGCAUCAGCGGUACAGCUGUUUAAGUGGCUCUCCAUCAAACUUUUUUAGGAUGUUUAAAAUAUUUCACACAUCCCUGUGUUGAGCUGACGAUGAACAUGUGUGACAAGGCAGCUGCUGAUAACAGGCAAAACACUUUAAAGCUCAUUUGAACCAAAGUCAUAAGAUGAGACAGCUGAAGUCCUGUUGUUCUACUAGCCUCAGUCCUGAAUGUGUUUUCUCCCUAAAAAGUUUGUCUCAUUGAUCUGUGUGGUUUCCUGUCAAAACACAAAGAUAAUAAAUAUGAGCGGACGUACUGGAUUAUACUGAAUGGUUGUUUUGUUAGUGUUCAAUAGUGUCAGCUGACAGGUGCUGUAAAGGCCUUGUAGGAGCUCUUCAGUGCUAACAAAUUAAUCCAGUCUUUUAUCUGGACAGUAGAGUAGAAGGUACCUCUUUUGAUUCAAAUGUUGAAAGAGUUUUCAAAAGACCAAUGAAGGAACCCCUCUGGAGGGGAAUACAUUCAUCGACAGAAGCUAGUGGGCCACAUGCUAACCUGGAAAUGAAACAGGAUUUAUGUUCAGAAAAGAUCAUUUUUGUUUUUUGUUACAAAGAAAGAAAGAACUAUGAUUUUACUUUUUUUGCUUUGAGAUGAGCUCAUAUGAGCAAAAUAGCUUACAUAAAGAAAUAAAAGCUAUUAAAGAUUAUAUAAAAGUUUUUGUAUGGAUAGUGUGAGAUUUUUCCCUGAUAUACAGAUACUUGAAACAAGUCAAUGCAAAAACAGAGAUAUAGAGAGUGGGUUUUUGUCUGUUUGCCAAAUAUUCGAGACAGCAAAGAGCUAAAGAGCGAUGGCAUUCAUCCUACUGUUUGGAUUUUAUCUCAAAAAAUAAUUUUAGUUUACUGUAAUGGCUGGAUGCCAGUGGCUCCCCAUGUGGGUGAUCCUGGAUAAAAGAGGUUUUAAUCCAGCAAAAAGUGAGCGUCACUGUGUCUAAAAAAGAAAUGGUGGGAAACACUGGUGAAUUUUUUUUUUUUUUAAAUUAGCACUGACAAAAUCUUGUUUAAAGGAGUCUUUCAGUUCCAGUUGCCAUGAAAAUCAUCCCUGUAAUGCUGGCUGAUGCUUUGUUUCAUGUGGUGAACAUGGACAACGCGUCUCCACUUCCACUGUACAAAAGUGAAGCCAAAAUAUCCCUGAUACGAGUGCUGCCAUCUUAUUCUGGUUGAUGUCAUCUGGAGCCAGAGUCUGUGCAGUAGUAAUGGGGAGGUUGAGCCGCCAUAUUGAGUUUCCACCCACAUACCCGUCUGACUCAAAUUUCUCAGAAAAAUGAACACUUGAACAUCAUCAGCGUAAUAACAACUACUAAAAAUGACAGAAACCAACAAAAUUUAUUUGACGUGUACUUUGCGUUUUUAGUUUUGAGUACUGCAGCCAGCCACCAGGGGACAUGCAGGUGUUUUGGCUUCACUUUUGGGGAGCUCUCAUCAUAUACAAUCAAUGGAUACACACGCUUUGGG